AUGCUUUACACUUCGAUUUUGGCAGCGUUGACCGCAGCCACCGCCGUUGGGGCCGCUAGUGACAAAUGUUCAUUCUCUACCACCGUCAAGGCAGCCACUGCUAUUUCUGACUUAAAUUCUUGUGAAACCUUGGAUGGUACUAUCAAGAUUACUGGUGACGAUUUGGGUGAUAUCGACCUCAGUGGGGUCCAAGAAAUCAAAGGAGAUAUCAACUUUUUCAACUCAUCUUCUGUCACCUCCAUUAAUCUCAAUCAGUUGAAAAAAAUCUCGGGUUCGUUGGCAGUUAAUGCUUAUACCCAAUUGCACAGCAUUGACUUCACCAGUUUGAGUGAAGUCGAGAAAUUGUCUUUGAUUUCAUUGCCAUCAUUUGCCAUUCUCAACUUGAACACUGGUGUUUCGAAAGCAGGUUCCAUCGAGAUUUCAGACACUGCUCUUUCGUCGUUACAAGGUCUUACCAACUACGACACCGUCAAGAGCUUGAACGUAAACAACAACAAGAACAUCACCUCCAUCGACUUGGCAUUGCAAACUGUCGACGAGGACCUCACUUUGAGUUUCAACAGUGACGACUGUGAGGUCAAAUUGAACGAAUUGAUCUGGUCUUCCAAUUUGACCAUCCAAGAUGUCAGUGACUUUUCUGCCUCCAACUUGACCGCCGUCAAUGGUACUUUGAACAUUGCUUACAACAAGUUUGACCAAUUUGACCUCAAGGAAUUGACCAAUGUAGGCGGAUCUGUUCUCGUUUUCGCUAAUGACGAGAUGACUUCGUUCGACUUGAGCUCCCUCAAAAACAUUGGAGGAGAAUUGAGAAUCUUCAACAACACCGAGUUGGAAGACAUGAACGAUACUUUUAAGAAGUUGGCCAAGGUUAAAGGUGCCGUCAACAUUAACGGUGCUUUCCACAACUUGACCAUGCCUGGGUUGAAGGAGGUGGAUGGAGACUUUACCGUUGUUUCCACUUCUGACGAGUUCAGCUGCCAAGAUUUCAACAAGUUGAAAAAGAAUGGUGACAUUGAGGGACACAACUACAAGUGCUCUGCCCCCAAGAAGGAACAAUCUUCCAAGUCCAACUCUUCCAAGUCGAGCAGCGGAUCUGGAUCUUCUUCCUCUGACAGCUCCGAUUCCUCGUCCUCGUCGUCAUCUGAUUCUGGAAAGAAGAAGAGUGGAUCCACCAAGACCAUGGCUGGAAUGACAUUUGUGUUUGCCGUUGUGGGAGCAGUGAUUGCCAUGGCAUAA